CGCAUGCCUGUUAUAACGAGGGAGAUGGCGUCCUUCUCCUUUGCUGGAGCUAGGAUCGCUUCUAGGAUCGCCUACGGGCUGCGCUCCCGCUCCUGCCUCAACGUCCUUUGGCGUUGUGGGGGAGCCCGAUCCCAUAGUACGCCUACGCCCGCUGGCGGUGUCGAGCAAAGCCUCAGAGACCCUUCCUGGUAUGAGACACUGUCUUCGUCGGUGGCCGUCGCGACGAUGGAAUCGGGUUUGGUAGCUCUGCAGGCCGCGUCCGGGCUACCCUGGUGGUCCACCGUGUUGGCAGCUACCGCCAUCCUGCGCACUGGCCUUACCCUUCCUCUCAGCGUCCUCCAGAAGCGCGUCCUCGCCAGCUUAGAAAAGUUGCAACCUGAAAUCGAAUACCUAGCCAACCAGCUUCGCUAUGAAGUUUCAGUUUCUGCAAAGCAAUAUGGUUGGUCUGAAAAGGAGGCUAGGGUAUGCUACAGGAGGAAUAUAAAAAGAAUAGUUUCAGAGUUGUACAUUCGAGAUAAUUGUCACCCUUUCAAGGCAACCCUGCUCAUAUGGGUACAGAUUCCAGUAUGGGUCUUCGUUUCCAUAGCUUUGCGUAACCUGAGCACUGGAAGAGCAGAUUCUGAAGGGCUUUUAAUUCAGCAACAGUUUUCCACAGGGGGCAUACUCUGGUUUAAGGAUCUCACUCUACCUGACCCAACUUGGAUUUUGCCAAUCACUCUUGGACUCCUCAAUCUACUGAUAGUAGAGAUUUUUACUUUGAGAACAACUGAACCAUCUCAGUUUUGGAAGUAUGCGACCAACUUUUUUCGAGCAGCAUCUGUGCUAAUGGUCCCCAUUGCUUCAAGUGUUCCUUCAAUACUAGCUUUGUACUGGGUAUCCUCCAGCUUCAUAGGCCUUUUGCACAACCUGCUGCUGCGUUCUCCUGCUUUCCGUAAAUUAUGCCACCUACCUCGGACCAAGUCUGAUUCAGACACUCCAUACAAAGACAUUGUUGCUGCUUUGUACAUGAAAUAUUUCUUUAAGUGAAAUAUAUCUCUGUUAUUGACCCAAGUGGUGGUGAUGAUGAUGAUUUACAAUAUGAAGAUGUAUUGGGAAGAGUUAUGCUAACUUUGGUAGAGCGGGGAAACUUGGUGUCUCCCUCAGAUAAUUAUUUUGUCAGUGAGUAGGAAACAAGAACCUUGAAAAAAUACUAGCUUCCAAUUCAGUGCAUGUUUUCAGCUUAUAUGGAAUUUCUGAAAUCUUGUAGCUUUUUCUAAAAAAUAAUUUCAUGUCCUUCUUGGUGCCAUGAUUGUCUUCAUAUUAAUGUUUUUUUCUUAAUCAUUUUGGCAGCUUAAAAUAGAGAUAAAUUUUUCGGUAUCCAUGUAGCAUGUUCAUAAAAUCAUAAAUUGGUUUUCAGACAUUUAAGAGUGACCCAGGAGGCAUAAAAAUACACAUCCUGUGUUCUCCGUAUCCCUUCCUAACCCCUGUCAGGGGCUGCCUCACACAUCCACAGAUAUCUGAUUGCCAAACAGAAAAGAACCUUAGGGAUGGAAGGAGACAGGAUAAAGCUACAAGGACACCUCAAUUUAAGAAGUUUCCAGUCCCCUCGUUUGGCUCCCACCCUGGUGGCGUUCCAAAGUCAAAGUCGAAGCAGUUUAUUUUGGUCAUUGACCAAACUAGAGUAACAUAGCAGAAUAAGAUUCAUGAGAUAAAAUAAAGGCAAAUAAAAAAAUAUAAUCAAACUGUUCCUGGCAAGGUCCUGACAGAACUUGCACACUAUUAAACAGAAUUUGGCAUUAAGCACUAAACAUUAUAAGAGAGUAGAUCACUCUGAUCAGCUAAGAGGUAACUAAGGUAAAAGGACCAAUGCAACUUCCCAAAGGUUUCUGAAGACCUAGCUGUUCUCCCAGGCCUGGAGAACAGAGGAGUCCUAGAGGAGGUGUUGCCUUCUUAUUGGUUGUUUUUGUUAUACUGUACAUUUCCCAGACAUACAU